AUGCAGCACCAGGACCAGCUGCGCAUUAGACGGGAUCAACUCCUCCGUCAGAUCGAUCAGGAACGCCGUGCACCCAAGGCAGAUUGGCAACAGGAAGGCUUUCCCUGGAGCGCUAAGCUCAACCAGACUCUGCAUGACGUGUUUGGACUUCGCGAAUUCAGGGCGCUGCAACGCGAGGUCAUGAACGCGGCGCUGCAGGGCCGUGACGUGCUGUGCCUGCUCCCCAGUGGAGGCGGCAAGAGCCUCUGCUACCAGCUGCCGGCGUUGGUCAGCCCGGGACUGACGCUGGUGGUGUCGCCGCUGCUGUCUCUCAUCCAGGACCAGGUGUUGUCCCUGCGUGCCCUGAGCAUUAACGGCAGCUGCCUGACCAGCCUCAGCAGCAAAGAGGAGGUGGCGGAGGUGUACGGCAAGAUGGAGCGCGGGGAGCUCAAGCUGCUCUACGUGACACCAGAAAAGAUUGUGUCGUCCAAGCGAUUUAUGAGCAAGCUGGAGAAGGUGCAUCAGGGGGGGAGGCUGGACCGUAUCGCCAUCGACGAGGCACACUGCGCCAGCGCCUGGGGCAAUGAUUUUCGGCCGGACUACAAGAAGCUGGGGGUCCUCAAACAGCAGUUUCCUCAGGUGCCCAUCAUCGCCCUCACGGCCACCGCCACCCACCAGGUGUGCAAGGACCUCAAAUCCAUUCUGCGCAUCCAAGGCUGCGAGUUUUUCCGCGCCUCCGUUAAUAGACCCAACCUCUUCUACGAGGUGCUGCCCAAGCCCGCAGCGGCAGCGGACGCCAUCGCCGCCAUUGUGGCGUGGAUUCACCGGCACUAUCCACGUGGCGAGUCGGGCAUUGUGUACUGCCUCACGAGGAAGGACUGCGAGACGGUGGCUUCGGAGCUGGCGGCAGGUGGCGUUUCCGCCCGGCAUUACCACGCCGAUAUGGAGCCUGGGCCGCGGGAGGCAGCGCACGCCGCCUGGAGCGCGGGGAAGGUGCAGGUGAUGGUGGCGACGGUGGCGUUUGGCAUGGGCAUCAACAAGCCCGACGUCCGCUUCGUGGUGCAUCACUCGCUGAGCAAGUCCCUCGAGAACUACUACCAGGCAGGGUCCCGUCUAAUUGAGUCCGGACGUGCUGGCAGAGACGGCUUGCCCGCGCGGUGUCUCAUGUUCUACAGGUUCUCUGAUGCGCUCCGUCAGGCCGCCAUCGUCUGUUUUGAACCGACGUGGGAGGCCAACUUGAACGCCAUGAUGUUGUACGCGGCUGCGGCGGUACCUGGCUCCGGCAGUGGUGACAGCGGCGACGGAGGAAGCAGCUGCCGCCGUGCCAUCAUCCAGCGCCAUUUCGCGGAGGCUCCUGCGGAGUGCAGGUGCAUGUGCGACAACUGUUGCGCGGCUGCGGCUGCGGGGCCGGCGGCAGCUGCUCCGAGAGAUGUGGGCCGUCACGCGCGGGCGGUGCUCGAGAUCCUGCGCCAACAGCAGGCCAAGGAGAAGAAGGCCACCCUCAUCCAGCUGGUGGACCUCUGGCGCAGCAGUAAGGACCCAGGGGUCGCCAAGGAGGCCAAGACGAUGAGCCGCGAUGAGAACGAGGCGGUUAUCGCCGCCAUGACCUAUGCGCGGCUGCUGGAGUUCGAGUUUGGCCACACGGCCUACGCCACCAACGCAUAUCUGAGCGCGCCAACGGCAACGGCAAAGGGCAAGAAAGCCAAGGCGGCAGCCACUGCAUCUUUUGACGAUGGCGCCAGCAGCGGCGGUGGCAGUGAUGGUACCACCCGAGCAUCCCUGGAGCAGUGGCGCGCACAGCGGGCAACUGACCUGCACUUGUUCCCGCAUUCCAUCUUGUCUGCGGAGCAGCUGUCGGCGCUGAGCGCGCUGCAGAAGCCGGUGUCGCAGGACGCGCUCCGCGCGGCGGUAGGCGUACGACGUUUCGAGUUGUACGGCAGAGAGCUGACGGAUGUGCUC